CGUCAGUUCACGGGACCCGAUUUGGGGCUGAGGCUGAUUUCCUUAACAUGGGUUCUUUCGUUUCACAGCCCCUUGAGCCGGUCAAGUUCGUUGCGCCUCCCGAGGCUUCCUCCACCGCUAAGCCCGCACAGGUCACUGCACCCGGAGCGCCAGCCUCUCCAGCGCAAGCCCCUCUAUUUAAUAACUGCUGGAGCUGUCGCGUGCUCUCCGGGUCGGGGCUGAUAGGGGCAGGCGGGUAUGUGUACUGGAUGGCGCGGAAGCCCAUGAAGCUGGGAUAUCCCCCGGGUCCUGGGACUAUUGCGCAGAUGAUCUUCGGCAUCAGCAUUGCUUGCUGGGGUGUGGUCAUCCUGUCAGACCCCAAAGGGAAGGCCUUCCGCACUGGAUGAAAGUACCACCCAUGAAUUUGCCUUCUCUCCACGUCCCCACGACACACAGCAAGCAUGGCAGUUACAGAUGUUCUGGACAGAAACAUGGACAUUGACAGACUUCAGUCCUGCAGAUACUACAUGACUGAAAAGACAAACAUGGAUUGUCAUUCAUGGGCUGUGACUGAUGGCCUUCUUUGCAGGUUCCACAGGGACCAAUAAAUCCCUGAGAGAAGAGAAAGAGGGUCUGUGUCUUAUUUGAGGAAGGACGGUAUAAUUGUAAACAUAUAUAUAGAGAGAGGAAGUGAUAAACCAAAUGGGAAAGUUAGCUAAAGUUAUUUUCAAUAGUUCUUUUUUUUAUCAUACUUCUCCUGUAAUUGGCUCAGCACCUACUAUCCUGGAUAGGUAUCAUAUAAUAGAAGUACAUAAAAAAUGUAUUUGCAUAUUGCUCAUACUUCCCAAAGCAUUGUCAGAUCCAUGACCUUUUGAGAGUUUACCAGCUACUCUGAGGAGGUUAUGUCAUUGGUGGUAAGUGAACAUUAAAAAACAGAGUCCUGGUGAUAUGCCCAGGCUCAUUCAGCGAUGGGUGUUCAGACUUGUUCUUGACUUUUAGAACUAGGAUUGUUCCCAGGAAGCAAGAAUUAUGUUUAUGAAACAAUUGGAUAAGCAUAAAAAUCAUAAAAUAAAAAGCUUAAGUACCAAAA